GGCGGAAGUUGUGUGACGUCACCAUAAAACUUGCUCGAUCCUAGUCAGUUAGCUAAAAUAUCGCAAAUACAUAUUGUUUCUUUUAUCAUUACAGUUCAUAUUCUGUUAAACUCGAGAUGUUAUUGAUAUUAAAACAACGAAACAACACGAUUUUAUCCUUCCUCGUCUCAGCGUCACUUUGAAACGUCUCAUGCUAGCUUAGCUUGCUAGCUGCUAAACAAAGCCAAGCGGAAGUGAUCGACAGGUCGCUAAAGUGAUGUGAUUGUGUGAAAAUGUGCAAAGUAGAAAUGCUGAGAGUGUUGGUGAAGCAGCGACUAACUGCUGCUGUGGAAGAAAUAUUUGUAGUGUUAGAAAGAACCAUAGCAGAAUACGAGGAGGAACUUUCUAGAAGAAAAGAGGAGAACGAGCGACAACGUCAACUACUGGACGCUCUUUUUGACAAACAUCAACAAACAGAUAUUCAGCACAUCAAAGAGGAGGAGGACGAAGAGAAGAUUGAAGGCCUGGAGGAGGCGGAUAACAGCAAGUUCCCAGUGAUGGGCAUCGUUAUGAAGAGUGAAGAUGAUGAGGAGAAGAGAGGGGCGGAGCCUCCAAGCAGCAGCGCCACUCAGCACACGACAACAGAAGGUGAUGGAGACCACUUUGGAGGAUCACAAGCAGACAAGCUCUUAGCUCCACUUUCAGAGAGCGACAACAUGACCUCUCACUCUGCUGACACUGACGAUGAGGAGGCUAAAGCUGAGGAGACGUGUCACGCUGGCAACACACGCCUUAAAUGCGCUCACUGCGACAAAACUUUUAACGACAGCAGUAACCUGAAACGACACCUAAGAAGCCACACUGGAGAGAAACCGUUCGUCUGCACAGUUUGCGGCAAAACAUUUUUGCAGAAGAUAAAUUUGACAGCACACACAAGGACGCACACCGGAGAAAAACCAUACUCCUGUUCGGUGUGCGACACACAUUUCCGUCACCAUUCAGCGCUGACCCGACACAUGAGACGACACACCGGUGAGAAACCCUUUACCUGCUCCGUGUGCGGCAAAGCCUUCCUUCUGAAGGCGUCCUUGACGGAACACACCAGGACACACACUGGCGAGAAACCUUUCAAGUGCUUAUUUUGUGGGAAAAACUUCUCUCAAAAGACACAUCUGCGAACUCACACCAGAACGCACACUGGAGAGAAACCUUUUGCCUGCUCAGUCUGCGGUCAACGCUUCUCUGUUAAAGCAGGUUUGACGUCACACAUGAGAACACACCCUGGAAAGAGCUGAGGAACCACAAGGAUGUUUGUUUCAACUGAUCCUUCUCAAAUACCGGAGCGGGCCCCUCUGGGGGACUUGGUGCGAUUUUGGGGAAACUUGCUUUUUUGCCGUAGUAGAAUAUAAGCAAAGCGUAUUGCUUCACUGUGACUACAGUGGGAGACGUGGAAAGACCGGUUAGUUGUUUGCUUCACAGUUAAUAAGAUUAUAAUGUUAUGCAGAGGUGUACUUAUAACAAUUGAAAAGGUGUUCAAUUGAAUAGACUGCAAAGACAAGAUACUUUACGUCCGAACUGGCAAAACCUUGUUAUUUUUAGUAGUAUUUGGACUUUUGAUGCCUGCAACAUGUUUCAAAAAAGCUGGCACAAGAUUGAGAAAGUUGAGGGAUGCUCAUCAAAGACUUAUUAGGAACAUCCCACAGCUGAACAGUCUAAUUGGGAACAGGUGGUUGCCAUGAUUGGCUAUAAAAGCAGCUUCCAUAAAAUGCUCAGUCAUUCCCAAACAAGGAUGCGGCAAGGGUCACCACUUUGUCAACAAAUGCCUGAGCAAAUUGUUUAAGAACAACUUUUCUCAAGCAGCUUUUGCAAGGAAUUUAGGGAUUUCAUCAUCCAUGCUCCGUGAUAUCAUCAAACGGUGCAGAGAAUCUAGAAAAAUCACUGCACGUGAGCGGCAAGGGCGAAAACCAACAUUGAAUGCCCGUGACUUUAAAUACCUCAGGCGGUGCUGCAUCAAAAAGUGACAUCAGUGUGUAAAGAAUAUCACCACAUGAGCUCAGGAAGACUUCAUAUAACCACUGUCAGUAACUACAGUUGGUCGCUACAUCUGUAAGUGCAAGUUAAAACUCUACUAUGCAAAGCAAAACCCAUUUAUCAACAACACCCAGGAACGCCGCCGGCUUCGCCGGGCCCGAGCUCAUUCAAGAUGGACUGAUGCAAAGUGGAAAAGUGUUUAGUGGUCUGACGAGUCCACAUUUCCAAUUAUAUUUGGAAACUGUGGACGUGGAGUCCUCAGGAACAAAGAGGAAAAUAACCUUCCGGAUUGUUCUAGGCGCAAAGUUGAAAAGCUAGCAUGUGUGAUGUAUGGGGAUGUAUUAGUGCAGUGGUUCUCAACCUUUUUUCAGUGAUGUACCCCCUAUGAAUCUUUCUUUUAAUUCAAGUACCCCCUAAUCAGAGCCAAUCAUUUUUGGUUGGAAAAAAAGAGAUAAAGAAGUAAAAUACAGCACUAUGUCAUCAGUUUCUGAUUUAUUAAAUUGUAUAACAGUGCAAAAUAUUGCUCAUUUGUAGUGGUCUUUCUUGAACUAUUUGGAAAAAUUGAUAUAAAAAUAACUAAAAACCUGUUGAAAAAUAAAGAAGUGAUUCAUUUAUAAAUGCAGAUUUCUCCACAUAGAAGUAAUCAUCAACUUAAAGUGCCCUCUUUGGGGAUUGUAAUAGAGAUCCAUCUGGAUUCAUCAACUUACUUCUAAACAUUUAUUCACAAAAAAAUAAAUCUUUAACAUGAAAAUUUAUGGAACAUGUCCCCCAAAAAUCUAGCUGUCAGCACUGAAUAUUGCAUUGUUGAAUUUUUUUCCACAGUUUAUGAACUUACGUUCACAUUUUGUCGAAGUAUUAUUCAAUAAAAAUAUUUAUAAAGAAUUAUUGGAUUGUUGCUAUUUUUAGAACAUUUUUUAAAAAUCUCACGUACCCCUUGGCAUACCUUCAAGUACCCCCAUUUGAGAACCACUGUAUUAGUGGCCAAGGCAUGGGUAACUUACACAUCUGUGAAGGCACCAUUAAUGCUGAAAGGUACAUACAGGUUUUAUAUGUUGCCAUCCAAGCAAUGUUACCAUGGACGCCCCUGCUUAUUUCUGCAAAAUAAUGCCAGGCCACGUGUUACAACAGCGUGGCUUCGUAGCAAAUAAAUGCGGAUACUAGACUGGCCUGCCUGUAGUCCGGACUACAUUACUUACACUGGUUUUAUGAAGUAUUCCUGAGCUCAUGUGGUGAUAUCCUUUACACACUGAUGUCACUUUUUGAUGCAGUACCGCCUGAGGUAUUUAAGGUCACGGGCAUUCAAUGUUCGUUUUCGCUGCUGUGUUGGAUCCGCUUUGGACUGGACUCUCGCGACUGUGUUGGAUCCAUUAUGGAUUGAACUUUCACAGUAUCAUGUUAGACCCGCUCCACAUCCAUUGCUUUCCUCCUCUCCAAGGUUCUCAUAGUCAUCAUUGUCACCGACGUCCCACUGGGUGUGAGUUUUCCUUGCCCUUAUGUGGGCCUACCGAGGAUGUCGUCGUGGUUUGUGCAGCCCUUUGAGACACUAGUGAUUUAGGGCUAUAUAAGUAAACAUUGAUUGAUUGAAAAAUGUGUGAAGGCUAAAAUAUGAGGCAGGAGACUGUUGAACAACUUAAGCUUUACAUCAAGCAAGAAUGGGAAAGAAUUCCCACUUCAAAAAUGUGUCUCCUCAGUUCCCAAACCUUUACUGAGUGUUGUUAAAAGGAAAGGCCAUGUAACACACUGGUAAAAAAUGCCUUUUUUUACAAUGUGUUGCUGCCAUUACAUUCCAAGUUCAUGAUUAUUUGCAAAAAAUAAAAAUAAAUAACUUUCUCAGUGUGAAGAUGAAAUAUCUUGUCUUUGCAGUCUAUUCAAUAGAAUAUAAGUUGAAAAGGAUUUGUUGUAUUCUCUUUUUAUUUAGCAUUUACACAACCUGACAACUUCAACGCUUUUGGCUUUUCUAUCUACAGUCGCGAUAGAGAGUGUGAGGGGUGGGGGGAAAAUAUGUUCUACUUCUUGGGGUGCGUAACAGGACAUCAUUGAGAAGCCCUUGUUUAAACCAAUGACAAAUACUGUAAACAAGAAGUUUGUGCUUUUGAUUCAAAAAUAAUUUUGAGUUUAUUGUGUAUCGAGUUAAAUAAAAUGUAACUGAAGUGGUUC